AAAAUAAUUUGAUUAUAAUUAAAAUCUAAAAACUUUUUCGCGGAAGCGUUAAGGAAAAAUCUUUGAUCUUUGGAAAGGAAGAGAGCAGGCGCAAUCGAGUAAUCCAAAGGAGUUGCGUUGUUCUGCGAUCACGAAGCGGUCUCUCGGCAAAUCUUUCGACGCAAGACAUCGAUUCGUGUAUUUCAUUUUUGCUUUGGAACUCUAUGCGGAAGAACCCUAAUUGAUUCGCCAUGGGAGAUUCCGUUUCUUCUUCAUCCCGCGUUUCUGUUCAUCAAUCUCUUGGUGCUGGUUCUGGUCAGUCUCUCUAUUCGAUUUAUUGAAGCCUAUUUUGGCUUUUCUCGAGUUUCGCUUUCGAUUCAAUCGCUCUAGAGUUUCGCUCUAUUCGGAAUCUGGAAUGUUGCGUUGAUUGGCGUAAAUUGAGGGUUUUGUUUGAUUGUUAUGUGCAUUUGGGGAAUUUUUAAACUUGAUCAUAAUUAUGAACAACAAUUUCACGUAUUUGGAGACAUUUAGGAAUCUCUUGACUCGUGACUCUUGUGUCCUUAAAUGCAAUUUUUUGCAGUUGCUGAUUUGCUGCUAUGGAGAAACCGGACUGGUGCAGUCAUUUUGCUAAUCUCUUCUACUGGGUUUUGGUUCUUAUUCGAGAGAGCUGGAUACAAUCUCUUGUCUUUCGUCUCCAAUGUUCUGCUUCUUCUCGUUGCGAUCUUCUUCUUAUGGGCCAAGUCUGCUACAGUUCUCAACCGACCGCUACCUCCAGUUCCGAAUAUGGAAAUCCCUGAGGAGUUUGCAAAUAAGGCUGCUGAUGAUCUUCGGGUUUGGAUCAAUUAUGUACUGUCAAUUGCAAGUGAUAUCACCAUAGCUAGAAAUCCGAUUCGUCUCCUUCAGGUUUUCUUUCAUCACUUGUGGCAAACCAUUUGUUGUAUCUUUUUGUUUCUGCAUGUGAUGUAUCUCACUGUUCACAUCUCGUUUGUUUUUGCUGUGAAACAGGUUUCUCUUGUCUUGUGGGCUAUAUCCUAUGUUGGGACUUUAAUCAACUCCCUCACUCUUGUUUACAUUGGAGUUCUUCUCAGUCUUUCUUUUCCUAUUGUGUAUGAGAAGUACCAAGACCACAUUGAUGAGAAAGUGAACUCGACUUCUAAAUUCGUUCGAAAUAUCUCAAGGAAGUUUCCAUUGCCCAUAAACAAAGAGAAGAAACAUCAGUAGGUAGUGUGAAAAACAGUCCAUUUGGUCACCAGACUAAUUACAGCUACAAGAAGGAGCCAUUACUGUAAUGCUACAAGAGGAUAGUCAAAGAGCAGCGGAAAAAAGUGAAUCACAGUACAGAUUUUCGUUCAUUUCUUUCUGUUUCGCUUACUAGGAGUUUUCUUCUUGUGUGUUUUUGUUGUGUUCAAGAUUCAUGAGUUUCUGGUUUUUUUGGUCUUUUAGUUUACACGAAUGCUUUGUUGCAGUAUUGUUCCAGUAGAAACGAGAAAGAUGAAUCUAAUACAACUUGAGAGGUUAUUCAAUAAUUAAUUUGUUGAUUAUU